CUAAAACACAUGUAAAUAUAUUCACAAAAUGUGUUCCAUACGGAAUUUGCAUUUCGAUGACGUAUGCCCACUUGCUGCAAUUAUACUACUUUAUUGCACUGACAAGCUAAUAUUAUUAAAUCAUAUGGAAUAGCAUUUCCAUAUCAACUAACGAUUUACCUUGUAAUCUACGUUAAUGAGCACAUAAAAAAUUCCAGCUAAAUACUCGAACAUAAAUGUGCACCUUUGUAUAAAACUAUUUAUGUAUUUUUAUAUAAAAUUUUUUCCAAUAACAUCCGUUGCUAAUUCAUAAUUCUCUUUGCAUUUCUCCUUUUAACUGCACACGGUUUUUGCUACGGAAAUGUUUGCCUCCCCCACAUCCAACUGUGUUGUUGUGUGUGUGUGUGUGUAUGCGUUCCAUGGAAACCUACAACUUUAUGUCGCUAAUCCAAUGGCUCCCCCGCUAUUUCGCCCCUUCACCGUAUCGCUUCAACAACAAAUGUGUGUAACGGAAACAACAAAACCAACCGGAAAAUGCCAACAUUUUCGUUUAUUACCUACCCACUAACAUCAACGCGAAAUCGCUCAACAACAAAAUCACACUUCCCACCCCGCCACCACAAAACAACAGAGGGCAUGAUGCUACCCGGCAUGGGCAUGGCUAAUAUGAGCGGUGGUGGCGCCACUGGUGAGCUGAUGGCUGUGGGCAAACAUCCACUUGGUGCUGGUCUUGCUGCGCUACAACAACGUGCUGCCAUGAAUGCUGCUGGUGGUGGUGGUCCCGGCGGCAUGGGUAUGGUGGGAGGACAUGGCGGCGGCGUUGGCAUGGGUCAUGGUGGCGGUAUCGCUGGCGCAACAGGAAACGGUGGCAUCGAUAUGGGUAGCAUUGGCAUGGGCGCCGGUCAAGGAUUCAUGCUGGACGAUGGACGUCCUCCACCGCCGCCACACUCGAGCUUGUUGCACAACUUGCCCGCCGCUGAAAUUGGACGCGCCGUUGAAGAACUGGUGACCGUAAUUACCGAACAAGAAAUCGAACAAACGCAACAACGUCAACGAGGUGAUCACGAUGGGUUGGACGAUGAUGGUGAUGAUGAUGAUGAUGAUGAGGAUAGUUUGAGUGUAGCGACAGCGAUAACUGCUAAAACAAUCAUAAAACCUUUAACGACAACAACAAAAACCAACGCAACAACCACCAAUACAACUGCAACGAUAUUAAAUUAAGAUUAUUUAGGAAAACAAUUGGAAAUUAGUAACAUAUUGGAAAAAAGCAUGCUUACAAAGAAUAAUUAGAAGGAAAUUAAAAAAAGCGAGAGAAGAAAAAAAAUUAAAAUGUUAAAGCAAAAGAAGUUUCAACGAUAAGCAGACAGAGAGAAAUAAUCGCUGGAUUGGAGAGCAUGCAAGAAAAUUAUGAAAGUAAACUUUUAACGAAAACAAAAGCAACAGAGCUUCGAGGAAGAGGAGAGAAAAUAUUUGUGGUACUACAAUACAGCAUUGAUGGAAAGAUAGAACGGAAUAAAAAGUAUGCGUGUUUGACAGUACUACAAAUCAGUAAAGGGGGUACGAUUAAUCGGCGAGAUUUUUGGAGAUUUCGCUGUUAGAACUUUAGUUCAGCUAAUUGUGUGAUGCGUGCAGCAAAUAAAAAAAGUAGUAUAGUAAAGUUUGAUAUAUCAUUGCAGAAGCAGCUAAAUUCUUAUUUAGUAUUAGUUGAAAAAAAAACUUGAAAAUUAUUAUAAACGGCAAAUGCAGAAAAUUUAAUUUAGUUACGAGGAUAAAGUUAAAAACACUUGAUAAAAAAUAUACAAAAUCUAAAAGCACAAAGCUACAAACAUAAUCAGCUACUUAUUGGCGUACAUACACAUAUGCAUUUACGAAUGAGAAUAGCAGUGAAACGAAUGCAAAAAAAAACAAUUCAAUUGCGUUUAAAGGCUAAACUAGCUUAAUUGAAUUGAGUUGAGAAAUGAGUGAUUACUUAAAGCUUUCAUAAGCAAAACGAACAGCUUAAAACGAUGAUUGUCUGCUAAAAGGUUUAUAUGUUAGAAUAAAUUAGAAAUCCAAACAAAAAAUAAAUAAAUAAAAAUUAAAAACAUUCAAAAGCUGCAGAAAACCAAUUUAUGUCGACAAAAAAACUAUCGAAAGCUUGUGAAUAUCGGCUACAAUCGAAAGCGCUCCAGUAUGAUGCAGCACGUAGCUUUUUUGGAGCUGUCAUUGCCCCAAAAAGCUUUCAUGGCUUUUUUUUCCAAUAAAAUAAUAGAAACAAAAAUGUAUAUUUUAGAUUUACGACUUAUUUUAGAAAACAUGCAAUGUGCAUAAUAAUUCUUAAUUACUUAAUUUGUUUAAAAUAUUACGUAAGCUCCGAAAAACAAGGAUAACAAAAAAAAAGCAUGUCUAAAAAAUUAUAAAUUAAUAUUAAACAUAUCACGAAUUAAACGAAAAAGCUACUUAAAUAUAAAGUUACGCCAGCAAGAAAGUACAUAAUUUUUUUUUCAGAAAAAAAUAAAACUAAAAUACAAUAAAAAAUGUGAAACAGAAAAUGUGAAAAAAUUAAAGAAAACUUUAUAUAUUAAAUAGAUGUGCGCGCACUAAAGUAAUGCUUUGUAAUUUUAUAUAUAUAAACGAAAUAUUAAAUUUUUAUAAAGUAUGUAUUCAUGUAAGCGAUUUUUUGUUUUUGUAAAUUUAAAUUCCAUGCUUUCUAUUGAAAUUAUUUAGCAGCAACAGAAGCAGUACUAUAAAUGCUUAAAAUGUAACUUGAAUUUAUUUUUAAAAAACAGCAAUAUACAUACACACGCAUAGCAAAUUUAAGUUUUUACAAAGCAGAAUAUUUCAAAAGUAAAAAAAAUCCUGUAUU